GGUGCAGGGGGACCCCGGGGGGGUCCAUACGCCAGGCCGUAUCCGUCCGGGCACUAGGACCCGGCGGGAGCCAGCAGGGCCGCAGCUUGUACGCAGCUGGGCUGGGAGUCAGAGCCGGAGUCGGAGUGGGGCAGCCUCUCGCCCAGCAGGAUGGUGGUGCUGGGGAGUUACUGCCCGGGGAACGGCACCAUCUCCCAGCCAUGGACGCAGCAGGGGUUCUCUCCCUGCUUUUACUUCACGCUGGUGCCCACGGUGCUGCUGAGCGUCUGCCUUCUGCUGGGCGCCCUGCAGUACGCCUGCUACGCCCGCUUCGGCCGCGCCAUGGAGCCCAAGCACAUCCCCCGCUCGCGCCUCUACCACGGGCAGGUGCUGCUCUCGCUGCUGCUGGCGGUGCAGCCCCUCGGCGCCCUCCUGUGGCAGGCACUGGACGCGGGCCCGCUGUACGGCUACGCGCUGCUGUACGGCUGCCUCUCGGCCGUGGGCUGGGGCUGCGCCCUCGGCCUCCUGCAGCUGGAGCACACCCGGGUGCUGGCGCAGGACAGGACCAGAGGCCACGGCACCGUCCUGCUGCUCUUCUGGGCGCUGGCCUUUGCCGCCGAGAACCUGGCCCUGGUGUCCUGGAGGAGCCCCCUCUGGUGGUGGUCGCUGGGAGACGCCCCUCAGAAGGUGCAGUUCAGUCUGUGGGUGCUGCGAUACGUCUGCACAUUCACCCUCUUCGUGCUGGGGAUGAAGGCCCCCGGGCUGCCGCACAAGCCCUACAUGCUGCUGGUGAACGAGGAUGAGCGCGAUGUGGAGAACAGGCAGGUGGGUCCCCCUGUCCCUCGCAGGUGUCGGGGGGGCUGCAGGGGGGCGAGGGGCGUCACCACAACAGGGCAGUGUUGGGUUAUUGCAGUGGUUUGUCAGGUGUCGAUCCUGCUGGGGAAGGGUUCAGUGGGUCCUGCUGGCUCACUGGGAUGGUGGCUCAGUGCCUCACUUGGGCACAAGGGAGGUGGGAGCAGCUCCAUGAGGCGGAGAGGAUCUAGGGUGUGGGCUGAGCAGGCCAGAGGGAGGAGCCCUUGUAACAAAGUGGCCUUUGGCGGGACACAACUGAGAGUAUCAAUUCAGGACAAAUUGCUCAGAGCAGGGCAGUCACAGCCCAAGGUUGGGGUCCUUCACUACUAUGGGUCUCCUGUCUCCCCAGUAAACGAGCUGACGGAGGGCACUGCCUGGCACACAGUCGCCUGGACCAUCUGCACCUACGUGUUCCUGAAGUUCCUGCAGGGUGGAGGCGCCGGCUCCACCGGCUUCGUCAGCAACCUGCGCACCUUCCUGUGGAUCCGGGUGCAGCAGUUCACCAACCGGGAGGUGCAGGUGCGUCUCUUCGCCCACCUGCACGGCCUGUCCCUGCGCUGGCACCUGGGGCGCAAGACGGGCGAGGUGCUGCGCAGCGUGGACAGGGGCACCAGCAGCGUCAACAGCCUGCUCAGCUACAUCAUCUUCAGCAUCUUCCCCACCAUCGCUGACAUCGUCAUCGGCAUCAUCUACUUCAGCUCGGCCUUCAGCCUCUGGUUCGGGCUCAUCAUCUUCGUCUGCAUGGGCCUCUACCUGACCCUAACCAUCAUCAUCACGGAGUGGAGAACCAAGUACCGGCGGGACAUGAACUCCCGCGACAACGAGGCCAAGGCCCGGGCCGUGGACUCACUGCUCAACUUCGAGACGGUGAAGUAUUACAACGCGGAGAGCUAUGAAGUGAAUCGAUUCAAUGACGCCAUCCUCAAGUACCAGGUCUCGGAGUGGAAGGUCAAUGCCUCGCUGGCCCUGCUGAACCAGACCCAGAACCUGAUCAUCGGCCUGGGGCUGCUGGCGGGGUCCCUGCUCUGCGCCUACUUUGUGACUGAGAAGAGGUUCCAGGUGGGGGACUUCGUCCUGUUCGGCACCUACAUCAUCCAGCUCUACACGCCGCUCAACUGGUUCGGCACCUACUACAGGAUGAUCCAGAGCUCCUUUAUCGACAUGGAAAACAUGUUCGAGCUCUUCAACGAGGAGCAAGAGGUGAAGGACGAGGUGAAUGCAGGGGACCUUCGCUUCCGCUCAGGGCGCAUUGAGUUCGAGAAUGUGCACUUCAGCUACAUGGACGGGUAGGGGGGCGUGGAGCCAGCACAGG